GCUAAGUUUCCUUCCCUUCCAUUUCUCCGUCGCUCCGCUCUCAAGCCUUUCCAUUCCACCCGUCUGCAAUUUCACGACUCCACGAACCCUCUCCCCUCCACCUCACAUUUCACAAUGGCACCAAUUACCGACGACGUCGUUUCCAGUCUGAAGGACACCAUCGGCAAGCUGGAGGCCCGGGUUGUCGAGCUCGAGGGCCGCCUGACUGGCAGCAAGCCCAAGUCCGUGACGGAGCAGAUCCGCGUCAUUCUGAUGGGACCUCCCGGUGCUGGCAAGGGUACUCAAGCCCCGAACAUCAAGGAGAAGUACUGCGCGUGCCACCUGGCUACCGGAGAUAUGCUGCGGUCACAGGUCGCGAAGAAGACCGAGCUCGGCAAGGAGGCUAAGAAGAUCAUGGACCAGGGUGGUCUUGUCAGCGACGAGAUCAUGGUUAAUAUGAUCAAGAGCGAGUUGGACAACAACACCGAGUGCAAGAACGGUUUCAUCCUGGACGGUUUCCCUCGUACCGUUGCUCAGGCCGAGCGCUUGGACGACAUGCUUGCCUCGCGCAAGCUGCCUCUCCAGCACGCCAUUGAGCUGCAGAUCGACGAUGCCCUGCUCGUGGCCCGUAUCACUGGCCGUCUGGUGCACCCUGCCUCUGGCCGCUCGUACCACAAGAUCUUCAACCCUCCCAAGAAGGACAUGGUUGACGACGUGACCGGCGAGCCUCUGAUCCAGCGUUCCGACGACAACGCCGAGACCCUCACCAAGCGCCUGGCCACCUACCACGCCCAGACCUCGCCCGUCUGCGAGUACUACAAGAAGACCGGUAUCUGGCGCGGCAUUGACGCCAGCCAGGAGCCUGGUCAGGUGUGGAAGAGCCUGUUGGGUGUCUUCCACAAGACCCAGUAAAGUAAUGAGGAGUCUCACUUGGGAGGAAAAUUCUUUAUGCGCUUAGGACGUGGUCGAACAAGCAGUGCCAUUUCCGAAAGCGCCAACAUGUCGGUCAAAAGAGGCUGACUGGGGGUGGAUGAAUUGCCAGUCAGGUUUCGCCCUCAUGUGCUCUCCCCUGUUUGUUGUUUCUUUUUUUUUCUUUCUCAUUUUCUUUUGUCUCGGGUUUGAUGGGUGGAAGAGCAUACGAGGAGCGAGGGACUGGUGAUACCGUUCGCAUAUAGACGCAGAAUAAUUGUCUCUCAAGGUCAUGUAUAGUACGUGUACUUUGUUUUGGUACCAAUCAAUCUCACGGCAGUUGACUGAUCCGUUAUAACACUACAAACUAC